ACAGUGUGCAGAAAUUGGUCUGUUCGCGAGGAGGUUGUGACGUCAUCUCGAGUGUGAUUCGACAGAUCAUGGGACGGUGGCCGCUCCUCGUGGCCGCCUUGGCCCAUAAUUUUUGCUCUCUCUGCUGCGCGCAGGGCUGGGGAGCUCGGUUCUCCUCAUAUUUUGGACGGGGUGCGGACAAGGUGGCGCCUGCUGCGGUGGCGGAUGGCUGGUCUGGUCAGCGAACGCCCGACAGACAGACCGUCAUAUGUGCGCAGCUGUCAUUGGUGAUGCAUGACGCAGCCUUUGCUUUGUGCGUGUCUGUGUGUGUGUCUGUGUGUGGCAGGUACGCUAUUCCAUCGGCCGAGCAGCUCGUUCACCCACAGCCAUAGCCAUGCCGAAGUGCCUGCCCCUCUCCCGCUCCACAACGAAACGACAAACGACGCGGCAGCCGGUGGCUCUACGUCCAAGCCUCCGACCACCCCUGCCGGCUCGCACGCCAACGAGCAGCCCCACCACCCUUCCCCCUCCUCCCCUUCGCACCACCAUCACGUCCACCUGACCCCGACCAACCUGCCUCCCUUCGUGCUCAAUGGCGACCCCUCGGAGGAUCCCCUCGGGCAGUGCCCCUUCCUCCGCCGGUACCUCGAGAACCCCUUUGCCUACCUAGACCUAAUGGAGUACGAGCCGCCACCCAAAUCCAACACCGAGUUCCUCGCCCCGAGGAAGAAGGAAGGGCAGCCGGGGGAGAGAGAUGGUGACGGCACUCACAGCCCCACCGGUGGGCAUGGCGUCAAGAAGAUCCCUGAUCGGUGGAACAAGACCCCCGAGCAGCGGAAGAAGUUCGGCGAGCAGCUUCGCGAGGCGAUUGAGGCUCUCGACCGGCUUGACGUCGACGACAGGAUGCGGCUGCUCAAGCGCAAGUCGUUCUUCAGCAGAAAGACCGUCACGGAGGCCGACCACGAAGAGCUCGCCGCCAAGUGUCAGCAGUCCAUUGAAGAGCUCGACCCGUUCGCCAUCCGAUCGCCCGACGAGGAGCUGAGUGAGGACGUCAGGGGGGAGGCCAUGAAGAGGUGGAAGCUGGAGAUCCUCACCCUGCGGCAGGAGAAGCUCAAUCAGCGGCGGCAUGGCGGGGGUUGGGGCGGCUUUCGCCUCAACAAGCAGGCCGACGGCAAGGCGAGAUGGGCGGGCAAGUACUCGUGGGACGGCCUGCGCUUCACCAACCAGAAGAAGAAGGGCAGGACAUUCGACAUGGCAACUAAGCAGUGGGUGACGUCGGACCAGCAAGACAACCAAGACGCCCAAGGCGAGAAGCCGCCAGCCGACGAGAUACCCACCACCAGCACCUCCGCUCAGCAACAGCAGCAGCAGCAGAAUCCUCAGUGGAAGCGCCCUGAGGGCUUCCUGGCUCCCAGGACAUCCCCCCCAUCGGCAGAUGGGAGUGAUGUGGUGGCCACCAGCCGGCAGCUCAGCCAAGCCGGAGAUGAGCAGAGGACCACCGGGGAGAAGAGGCGGUUCAGGAAGAACUAGACAAUCAGCUCAGUGUCGAUAGAUAUGGUGAUAGGGUUUGGGUGUCGAUAGCGAAUUAAAUGACUAAAUGUCCAAUUUUGGCAGACAGACAGACAGAGCAAACGGACUGACCGUGCAUCUAUUGGCUGUGUGCGUGCGAGUGGAUGCGGGCAUGCAUGUGGACAGCCAGACAUAACAACAACCGUGGCGGAUGGGAUGGGCGUGGGUUUUGUGUCUAGUCUGUGUGCAUGUGCGGAGCUCUCUAUGCUGUCCCCCCGUGAAUGUCAUGAUGCAGCCAGCCCUUCCAACCAUCCCAUCCACCUCUUACACUCACUGCGUCCGUCUGUCCGUCUGUCGUCAGUGCAUUGACUGCUCUCUGUGUGUGUGCCUGCCUGAAUGUCUGGGCGGCGCUGCGACAGCAAAUUAAUUAACAUGGGGAAUGGGUGGGAUGGAUGGGUGAGCAGGAAGCUAGCGCGUUAGUGUCCCGCCGCCGUCUCUGAUUGACUGAUGUGUUGUGCCUUGCCCUGCCUGAUUGUGUGUCUCUGUCCGUCUGUCAUGCGUGUCUUGUGGGCCGGGUGUGUCAGUCAGUCUUGUUUUUCAUGUGCACGUCAGUCACGUGUGUGCCUGCCCCUUCCCUGCCUGCUGGAUGGGAGAGAUGGAUGGAUGGAUGGAGGGAUUCUGCAUGCCAAUGCAUUCCACGCCUACAACACGGCUUUUGAAGCAACCUGCCUCCCUUCAUGUCAUUUCGUUGUUUCUUGUGAAAGCUAAGCUAGGUAGCUAGGGUGUCGAAUAUGAUUGGCAGGCACCUGCAGUGCUCCAGCUCACCAAUGCCCGUGAGUAGUGAGCGAAGAAAGGGGUCUGUGCGUGGCGUGCGUGGGCAUGUCUGUCUGUCGGGUGGAUGCAUGGCAUGGGGCCGUGAGUGACGUGUCGAGCGCUUUGCCUCGAUCGGCUGGUUGUGUUGUGUUGUGUGCACUGCACGUCGGCUGCCACAAGGUGACGACAGUGAGUGAGCUAAGUGGGUAGGACACAUCACAUAUUAAUGCAUGAUGCAUGAUACAUGAUGUGACUCAUUGAUGUGAUGUCUGCCUUGCUUUCAUGGCAAGAGUCUUUCAGUCAACACCACACAUGGCCUUCAUCUUAAGAGCCUGACUGACCACUGCACUAGCUGUAGACCCAUACAUACUGGCGUGCAGCUACACACGACAGGUGUCUGUGUUGCUCUCCGUGGUGCUCGAGCGCACCAGCAGUAUCCUGCCACUGCAUACUCGUGGUCGGGGAGAAGGGACCAAUUGGAAGGGACAGCCGGCGCAUCGUCGUUCCAAUUGGUCCCUACCAUACCUCUCCAGCAUCAUCGCGGGGACUCCUUUUUUUUCCAGCUCGCAUACGUAAAUUGCAAACACGGAUGGCAGGGAUCCACCCAUUGCAUUCCUGCCAUCAUAUGAGUUGAGGGCGGCCAAAGUGCGGCUGUCCGUUGACGUGCAUCCAUCCAUCGCAUUUGCAUGGUUGACGGCAGAGUGUCAUCGUGCAGUGUCUGAGUGAGGCCAUCGGAUUGGCAUCCAUCCGCACCAGUUCCGGUACGCCACCAUCCACCUCACCUUUGCACCGUGCGAAAGAAAGCUGCUGCAUUCGCAGUGCGAAUGCAUCCGCCAUCCGUGCUGGUGCGUGUGAUCUCAUCUCAUCUCAUCUCAUCUCAUCUCACAC